UGAAAUGUGUUUUUGCGAUUAUUGUACAGCCUCCAUUUCGACGCGCAAGCUGUCAAACGCAGAUCAUGUGAUUGCGAGGAUGUGGGCUUGUCUUGUCGUCCGGAUCUGUCCGUAACCUACAGACGGUACCAAAGCCAGAACGCGAGGUUGUGGGAUUGAUGCAGCAGUGUUUGGACGGCUAGUCACGAAUCAUCACUGACAGAGGCUGCUGAUGCUGCCGUAGCUCGUGAAAAUAUUCUCCGUAGCAAAGUACCGGGACAGGGCUGUGUGUAAUUUAUCCCGGGCUAGAUGCUGUGAAUUAUCUCGCAGGAUUGUGAUUUGGGUUUACGGGAAGGAAUGCAUCAUAGACAUUGUGUUUCGUUUGCUCCGGUUUGAUUCUGUCGCUGUCGUCUACAUUGCUUAGGAAAUUGGAGGCAUAGCCUAUUGCAGUCACUGCUGUUCUGUAAGCUAUUGGUAGGCCAAAAAAAUGUAUAUCGAUUUAAAUUUGAUAAUUUGUGAAAUGUCAUGUGUAAUAUCCGAAUGACAAUCUGAUAUUUGCUGUGUUUUUCAAGGAGGUAAUCCGGGCACGCAAGUGACACGUGCCCAGAGAGCGAUGUGUCUGACAGACGGGCAUUCGUAGCCUACGAGAGAGGUGGGAGGGAAUUAUUUCUCACAUACACUAGUUCAGGAGUCGCCAAGUUCUCAGAGUUAUCAGUUAGGCUAAAUAUAGGAGCGAGCUUGCAGGUGAACGUUUUGACUAUCCAGUUUAUGCACCAGCAUCGGGAUGCGACGUCAUGAGUUGAAUAUACUGGCCAGAUGUUGCCUUUGAUGUGAUUCAUUCAAUCUAGGCUAGGCCUACUGUUGGGUGCUUUUUACAGCAGAAAUAACUACGGAUUCCUGCAUUUCUCAACUAAUUAAUUAGUCAGUUAAUUACCCCCCACCCCUUGAUUGUCUACCUAAUUUAAAUAAGCAUAUCUAGGCUACAAAACAAACUGUGCUACAAUGAUACCCGGAUCGGCCGCGUCGAUGCUCUCAUCCAUGUCCUCGGACGACAUUAAACUAUACCAGCAUAACUACGUCCGCAACUCCCGCGCCAUCGGACUCCUGUGGGCCAUUUUCACCAUCCUGUUCGCCAUCUUGAACGUGGUGAUCUUCAGCCAGCCCUAUUGGAUCGGAGACGGCGUGGACACCCCUCAGGCCGGCUACUUCGGCCUCUUCCACUUCUGCACCGGCGACGGAAUCCAGAGGGAGCUCGACUGCACAGGGACCUUCACCGAGUUCGCUCAGAUCCCUUCCACCGCGUUCAAGGCCGCGUCGUUCUUCGUAGGAAUGUCGAUGAUGUUGGUGAUGGCUUGCAUCGCUUCCUUCACUCUCUUCUUCCUGUUCUCCACCACCACCGUCUAUAAGAUCUGCGGCUGGAUGCAGGGGGCCUCGGGUGUAUGUCUGGUGAUGGGCUGUAUAAUCUACCCUGACGGCUGGGACAGUGACGAGGUGCGGAGGAUGUGCGGUGAGCAGACGGACAAGUACAGUCUGGGAGCGUGCUCCAUGCGCUGGGCUUACAUCCUGGCUAUCAUGGGGGUUCUGAAUGCCCUCAUGCUCUCCUUCCUGGCUUUUGUACUGGGCAACAGGCAGGACGGACUCAUGACCGAGGAACUACUGGCCGAGAGCAAGGCUGGGAAUGCCUAAAACAACCCAUAGGUGUCUGCGUUUCCUAGUGUGUAUGUGUAACUUUCAUCAUCACGCUCCAGAGUUUUACCCAUCAUCCCCCAGAAGAGGACGACCCUGGCACACCAUGGCUGUGAGAGAGAGAGAAGAGAGAGAUCGAGAGGAGAAGAGAGUAAAAGAGAGAGAGAGUUGGACAAUGAGUGAGCGAAACAGAGAGAGGGAGAGAAAUGCUAUGUAGCCAGAUGCCUCCCAUUCAUUCACACAUGUACUGUAUUCUAUUUCUCACCUUCUAGUCUAUGCUGGAUCUGCCAAUGAUAUGUACAUCUCUAUUAUAUUGGCCCUGCUCACAGUCCUACAGUCUCUCUACCUCCACACUAUUCCACUAUCACUGAACCCCUAGGAACCCCAGCAGAGACAAGACAAUGUUCACACAGCCGAUCAUCGACCAAGACGGGGACAGAGACUUUGACUGACCAACAGAAGACGUAUGGAUUAUCUGCAAGAAUAUGGAUGAAGAAGACUGGUUUGAAGUAUUGUUCUUGAAAUCACGUAUUGUGGUGAGAGAUAAAACACACACACUCAGACAAACACACACUCAGAUACACACACACUCAGACACACACACACACUCAGACACACACACACACUCAGACACACACACACACACACUCAGACACACACACACACACACACACACAGACACACACACACGCAGACACACACAGACACACGCAGACACACACACACACACACACACACACACACUCAGACACACACACACACACACACACCCACACACACACACACACACACACACACAGACACAGACACACACAGACACACACACACACACACACACACUAUCACACUCAUGUAGACAAGUCACAUUUGAACGCGUACAGGGCAUUGGAAAGUUUUCAGACCUCUUGACUUUUUCCACAUUUUGUUACGUUACAGCCUUAUUCUAAAAUGGAUUACAUUUUCUUUUCCCCUCAUCAAUCUACACACAAUACCCAAUAAUGACAUCACAAUACCCCAUAACGGCAUCACAAUAACCCCGUAAUGACAUCACAAUACCCCAUAAUGAAAUCACAAUACCCCGUAAUGACAUCACAAUACCCCAUAAUGACAAAGCAAAAACAGUAAGUAUUCAACCAUUUGCUAUGAGACUCGAAAUUGAGCUCAGGUGUAUCCUGUUUCCAUUGAUAACCCUUGAGAUGUUUCUACAGCUUGAUUGGAGUCCACCUGUGGUAAAGUCAAUGGAUUGGACAAUAUUUGGAAAGGCACACACCUGUCUAUAUAUGGUCCCACAGUUGACAGUGCAUGUCAGAGCAAAAAUCAAGCCACGAGGUCGAAGGAAUUGUCCGUAGAGCUCUGAGACAGGAUUGUGUCGAGGCACCAAAACAUGCAGCAUUGAAGGUCCCCAAGAACACAGUGGCCUCCAUCAUUCUGAAAUGGAAGAAAUGUGGUAUGUCCUUGAGUGACCCAGCCAGAGCCCAGACUUGAACACAAUCAAACAUCUCUGAAAAGAGACCUGGAAAUAGCUGUGCAGCAGAGCUCCUCAUCCAACCUGACAGAGCUUGAGAGGAUCUGCAGAGAGAAAUGGGAGAAACUCCCCAAAUACAGGUGUUUCAAGCUUGUAGCGUCAUACCCAAGAAGACUCGAGGCUUUAAUCGCUGCCAAAAGGUGCUUUAACAAAGUACUGAGGAAAGGGUCUGAAUACUUAUGUAAAUGUAAUAUUUCAGUUGUGUAUUUUUUUUUUUUUUUUUUUUUUUAUAAAUUCGCAAAAUUCUCCAACAACCUGUUUUGGCUAUGUCAUUAUGGGGCUGUGUGUAGGUUUAUGAGGGACAAAAAUGAUGUAAUC